CGGGACCCUCCGCACGGUGCCGGGCCGUGCCAAGCCGUGCCGGGCCGCCCCGCGUGGGCGGGCUGCGCCACUCUAUAAGGCGGCCCCACGGCGGCGAGCGGCGCGGUGCCAUGUGCGUCCCGGGACUGCUCUGCCGCGUCCUCCUCCUCCUCCUUCUCCUCCUGCUCCUGCUGUCACCUGCCCCCGGAGCGGCCUCGCCGGGACGGCCCCGCGCCCGCCGCUGGCUCACCUACCCCGGGACGCUGUGGUGUGGUGCGGGCAGCAACGCGGACACCUACGAGCAGCUGGGGGAGCACCGUGACACGGACCGGUGCUGCCGGGACCACGAYCACUGCCAGCACAUCAUCCACCCCUUCACCAUCCGCUAUGGGUACCGCAACCUGCGCUGGUACACCAUCAGCCACUGUGAAUGUGACCACAGGCUCAAGGAGUGUCUGCGGCGGGUGAACGACACCGUCUCACGGGUGGUGGGCCAGGCCUUCUUCAACGUCUUCCAGGUGCCUUGCUUCGAGUUCACCUACAAGGAGGAGUGUGUGGAGCCCUAUCUCCAUGUCUGGUGCAAGACGUACAACACGGUGGCCGUGGCGGUGCCCCGAGAGCCGGUGCCGUAUGAAUUUGGGGGGGAGCUCAUUGACCGGGCAGCGAGGCCCAGGGGAGUCCCCCUGAGCCCCCCGUUGGGAGGAGCCCUCCCAGUGGAUCAUCACACCAAGACAGUGAAGAAAGAGAGGAAGAGAAAGAAAGAUAAGAAAAAUAAGAAAAAUAAGAGGAAAGGUCUGAGAAAGAAAGGUUCUUCCGAAAAGGGGGCACAGAGYCAUCCUGCAGCUACUGCCCCUGACGAUCACUGGGUGCUGCUGCCAUCCUUGGGGGAAGCAUCCAACACCAUCCUGAGCGAUGCCCCGGCACAGGAGGGACCAGGCAGGGAGCCAGCACCAGCCCCUCCCUUCCCGGUCCCCACYGCCAGCGGGAAGAGGAGGAGGAAGGAGAGGAACAGAAAGAAGAGGCUGAAAAGUAAAACUGAGGCUCAGCCCACAGGAGAGCUGCAGCCCUGAACCCACUGAGCCUGUGUGGGUUUCAGUUGUGAAAUAAAGUUACAUCUG